GAGAUUGGAUAACGGCCGGGCGCAGGGAGGUGGCCGCGCACAGCCUGGACCCGCAGCUUUGUAGCUCCGCGUUAUAUAUCACACUCGCGGCUGCGGUGGAAUGGGGUCAGCGUGCAGUGUAUGUCCCUGAAUCGUACGCUCCUGGGCUUGUUGCGGAGUUCCUUGGGUCCUGGGUCCAUUCUGUCCCGUCCCAAGGUUCGCUGCAUCCUGGGUCCCCCCCAACCUUUCGCCCGGCUCGCCAAGCUCCUGACCUUAACGUCUGCAGAACGAAAUAGGCACAGUCAUGAAUGUUUCAGAGGAAAUAGAGGAGCUACUCCAGCCCUACAACUUCGAGAUGUUACAGGACAUAAGGCCCUUUUUGGAGGCGUACUGAACUACAUGAAGGCACGGGAGGGCUUCAACCUACAGGGGCCUCUCAUCCUUUGGUCCUUUUGCCUUGCGAUCUUCAGUAUCCUGGGGACAGUGAGGAUGUGGGGCUAUAUGUGGGCCUUGGUACUUAGGGAGAGCCUAAAGCAAACUGUGUGCUUCACCACCUUUCUCGACAAUUCCGUAGUCAGAUUCUGGUCCUGCCUCUUUGUUCUCAGCAAGAUCAUUGAACUUGGAGACACAGCCUUCAUCAUCCUUCGCAAGCGGCCGCUCAUCUUUGUGCACUGGUUCCACCACAGCACGGUGCUAGUGUUCUCAAGCUUUGGAUACAAGAACAAGGUGGCUGCAGGAGGCUGGUUCAUGACCAUGAACUAUGGUGUGCAUUCCCUCAUGUACACCUACUACACUCUGAAGGCUGCCAAAGUGAAGUUCCCCGGGUGGCUCCCCAGGCUCAUCACCAGCCUACAGCUCCUGCAGAUGCUUAUGGGAUCCAUUGUCGUCAUCCUGGCUUACACCUGGAGUCCAGAACAUGGAUGCCACGUUACAACGGAUCAAUUCUUCUGGUCCAUCACCUUGUAUGUGGCUUAUUUCAUCCUCUUUGUCCGCGUCUUCUACCAAACCUAUGUAAUGCCCAAAGUUAAAGCCAAGACCAAGAGCGAGUAAACGUUUGGAGAAAAAGAAGAAGCUCCAGGGUCUCUUUUCCCCAGGGCACUGAGGCACAUGGUUUAGGUCUGGGAGAAUGAUUAGGUUGUAUCUCUCAAGGUGGCAGGAAAUUAUGACAGACAGGAAACACAAACGCUAGGAAGGGGGUGUGAUCUAGUACUUUGAUGUAUCUAUUUUCAACGUGAGGGCCAAGCAGGCCUGGGGAUGGGGCUGGGACUGAGAAGGAUCUCCAGAGCUGUUAUUUAUAUUUCUAUACCAAAACCUUCCUCUUCUUGCUCUAUUUUUAAAUUAAAUAUUUCAGCAAGAUCUCGGGGCUCUGAGAAUUUGGGAGAAGAAGGGGUCUGCUGUGACGGGAGAUGGCUGCUGGCAGUGGGAUGAUAAGUAGGUGGGAAGUCUAAGGGGAUGUGGGCAAGGAUGGGAGGCACACACGCAGACAACAAGAAUCCUAGGCCUGGUAGGCACUUAAUAAAUGUCUGUUACAGACCAGAAUUUUAUUGCUGUUAGAGGCUCAAGCCCCUCAUUGGAACAGUGAGAAAAAGGUACAGAAAGGCAGAGUAACUUAUCUAAGGUCAUAGGCUUCCUAAGUUGCAGAAGUGACACCUACUAGUAAGUGCUCCAGGCAAGAUCUUCCAGUUAUCCUCCGUGAGAC